CGCAUCAGAAAAGUCAUCAAACGCUGACCAGGAAGAGAAAAUAAAGCACAACAAAAUAAAGGCAUUUGCACUGUACACUAUUUUUAUUUGUAGCCGUUUCGUUCAGCGAAAUAUUCGAAGAUGCCAUUUCUUGGACAGGACUGGAGGUCGCCUGGGCAGAGUUGGGUUAAAACUGAAGACGGCUGGAAAAAGUUUACAGACGACAAAAAUAACAAUGCCACCGAAAUGAAGAGCUACUGCAAAGAUGAGGAGUUCAAGGAAAAUCUGUUGCUCUCCAUGGGUUACGACGUGGCUGCAAAGAAGCGCAAAAAGGACCUACUGAACAAUAACACUAAAAUUCCUUAUUUCCACAAAGACAAAUGGAUAUAUGUUCACAAAGCAAGCACUAAGGAGCGCCAUGGUUACUGCACGUUGGGCGAGGCGUUCAACAGGCUGGACUUCUCCAGUGCCAUCAUGGAUUCCAGGCGAUUCAACUACGUUGUGAGGCUGCUGGAGCUGAUUGCCAAAUCCCAACUGCCGUCGCUGAGCGGAGUGGCGCAGAAGAACUACAUGAACAUUCUGGAAAAAGUGGUGCAGAAAGUUCUGGAGAACCAGCAGAACGUGCGGCCCAUUAAGGAGCUCCUGCAGACAUUGUACGUGUCCCUCUGCAGCCUGGUACAGGACAUGGGCAAGUCCGUGCUGGUGGGCAACAUUAACAUCUGGGUGUACCGUAUGGAGAACAUCCUGCAGUGGCAGCAGCAGCUCGACAACAUCCAGAUCAACAGGCCGACGACAAAGGGGAUGACGCUGACCGACCUGCCCCCGUGCCUACAGAUGAACAUCAUGCAGCGCCUGUCGGACGGGCGUGACCUGGUCAGCCUGGGCCAAGUGUGUCCGGACCUCAAUGUCCUCACAGAGGACCGUCUGCUAUGGAAGAAGCUGUGCCAGUACCACUUCACAGAGAGACAGAUCCGCAAGCGCCUGAUUGUGUCGGACAACGGGCACCUGGAGUGGAAGAAAAUGUACUUCAAGCUGUGCCGGUGCUACCCUCGCAAGGAGCAGUACAGCGACACCCUGCAGUUCUGCACACACUGCCACAUCCUCUUCUGGAAGGACACAAACCACCCCUGCACAGCCAACAACACAGAGAGCUGCUGCAUGCCGGUCUCUCCACAGGGCUUCAUCAACCUCUUCAAAUACUGAGGGAUGCCGAGUCACGGCCUUGUACAUAGUGUUGAUAGUGCAAUGGAUUCCUGGAUGUCUUGAGAUGGGUGGGAGGGGGGACUGAACCACGUGUAUAUGGCAGGGGUGGGGGGUGUAAUUUUGGGUACUGGGAAACUUGGUGUGCUGGGCUGAAAAUAAUAAAGUGACGCAGAUGGUACAAAGAAGUACAAAAUAAAGUUAUGUGUGAUUGUGGGUAUCAAAACUGGAGACAUUCUGGAACUCUGUCAAGAAGGCAGUAGCCAGCAUCGUUUAAAUUUUUCACACUUAUUGAAUAUUCAGCCGCAAAAAAACAAAACAAAAAACUGCUUCCUCCUGUUUUGUUACUACAAUUACACAGAGUGUAGGUAUUGUGAGACUUUGUAAGUUAGCCAACUGUGUUGAAAAAUACUGGACUGAAAAUGUUUGUUUUUUUCAGUUUCAAGACGGGAAGUUUUUUUCUUUUUUAAGAUAGGACAAAGUAGGCAAAGAAAACCAUGAGAUAGACUUGAAUAUAUAUAUUUUGGAAAGUAGAAAAAGGCGGAAAACGGCAAGUGUCCGUUAUAAAUGUUUUUUUGCAUGGUUUUUUAAGUAAAGGUGGUCAAAUAUGGGGUAGUGGGACUUCUGAGAUGUUAUUUUUGCAAUUGUUUUUCAAGAAUGCUCUCUGACUCUACAUGAAUGUCUUCUAGCUUUGACCUGGGUAACAGAAGCUCAUUCUCUGGACUGUUGAGAGACAUGGCUCAGAACGUGUACGAUAAAAGUAUUGGAGGAAUAUGUGUUGUCACUAAAAUGACUGCUAUCGUAUAUGAUACUU